CAGUGGGUCUUUCGCUGUUUCUAUUGAGCCGGAUCCAUCGUGGGGGGAGACUGAAGGGUUUAGAUCUGGACUGGGAGGGCAAGAAUUAGAGAGCUUUAUCGCCCUGCCACUUCAUUGAACCCGCUUUGCGGACAACCAGCCAGGGGAAGAUCGGGGUGUUUGGUGAACAGAAGCCCAAAGUUCCAGUUCAUCAGAGAGAAGCAAAGAUAAAUUUCAGGUUAUUGGUGCUUUGCAGCUUGAGGUUGAGCCUUUCUGUGACCGUUGAAGUCGUGCCGUGAAUUUCUGUUGAACUGCUGAGGGCCUUCAAGUUCAAGAUGGGGAAGCAAAACAGCAAGCUACGGCCUGAGGUGAUGCAGGAUUUGCUGGACAGCACAGACUUCACGGAGCAUGAGAUCCAAGAGUGGUACAAGGGCUUCCUCAGGGAUUGUCCCAGUGGAAAUUUAUCAAUGGAAGAAUUCAAGAAAAUUUACGGGAACUUCUUUCCCUACGGGGAUGCUUCCAAAUUUGCCGAGCAUGUUUUUCGCACUUUUGAUGCCAACGGAGAUGGGACAAUAGAUUUCCGGGAGUUUAUCAUUGCACUAAGUGUUACAUCGAGAGGCAAACUGGAGCAGAAGCUAAAGUGGGCAUUCAGCAUGUAUGAUCUAGAUGGAAAUGGAUAUAUCAGCAAGUCAGAAAUGUUAGAGAUUGUUCAGGCAAUCUAUAAGAUGGUUUCCUCUGUGAUGAAGAUGCCAGAAGAUGAGUCAACACCUGAGAAAAGGACAGAAAAAAUCUUCAGACAAAUGGAUACCAACCGAGAUGGAAAGCUAUCCCUCGAAGAAUUCAUCCGGGGUGCCAAAAGUGAUCCUUCUAUCGUCCGUCUCCUUCAGUGUGAUCCCAGCACUGCUGGUCAAUUCUGAUUGCAAAUUGAAGAAAAGCGUGACUGUGUUUCUGCUUCCUGCCAUGACAUCACUGAUGGCUUGGUCACUUGUUCACGGCCAAAUCUGCCAUCUUUUAGCCUUGUUUUGCUUUUUAAUUCUGAAUUUGUAAAUGGCUGUUUAAUUAAACACUGUAUCUGGA